AUGGACCAAAAGAAAAGUGCUGACAAAGGGGAAAAGACUGAUGUCAUGCCUAAAUUGUGGGAUCAGUGUACCAAGGUUGCUUUGAUUACUUUUGCCUACUCAGGAAGUAAAUUUGAGCUAGUUGUGAUAAAUGAUUUCGUUCUGCACCUCGGUGUCCAAAAUUUUGGCCAUAGGGUUAUCGAUGAACGAGGGAAUAAAAUACUCGAGGAUGAGCUUUUAGUCGAGGCAAAUGAUGACAACUCGCGCGUCAGUGCAGCUGGUUUUUCAACUGUACAUCUCCUGGAAGAGAUCGACCAAUGGUAUUUGAGGAUGGUUGUGUUGGACUUGGAUGCCACUGCUCGUACAGUUGAUCCACUAAUGAGAUUCCACCUUGCAUUGUUUCUCGUGUUGGCUUCUCUUCAAGCCACUUUAAGUCAAGAUAUUGAACAUGGUUCACUUCUAGUAGAUGGAGCUCAAACAAAAGCUGAAACAGGUGAUAAUUUUAUUUGUGCCACUAUUGAUUGGUGGCCUCAUGACAAGUGUGACUACAACCAUUGCCCUUGGGGAUAUUCAUCUGUUGUAAAUUUGGACUUGUCUCAUCCUUUCCUUGCCAAGGCCAUCCAAGCCCUCAAGCCACUGAGAAUAAGACUUGGAGGUUCUUUGCAAGACCAGGUUCUAUAUGAUGUAGGAAGUUUGAAGUCUCCUUGCCAUCCCUUGCAAAAGGUUAAAGGUGGAUUGUUUGGAUUUUCAAAGGGAUGCUUACACAUGAAAAGGUGGGAUGGGCUGAAUCAGUUUUUCAAUGAGACAGGGGCUAUUGUGACAUUUGGCUUGAAUGCACUCCAUGGGAAGCAUCAGAUUAGUCAUAAUGUUUGGGAAGGAGACUGGGACCCCACAAAUGCUUAUGAUUUUAUUAAGUACACUAUUUCAAAGGGAUACAAGAUUGAUUCAUGGGAACUUGGGAAUGAGUUGAGUGGUAAGGGAAUUGGUGCAAGUGUUGAUGUUGCACAGUAUGGGAAAGAUUUGAUAAAGCUUAAGCAAAUUCUAGGAACAUUAUACGAAAAUUCCAAGUUCAAGCCUUCACUUGUGGCACCUGGAGGAUUUUAUGAAAGAGAGUGGUAUGACAAGCUUCUUCAGGUUUCGGGUUCUGGCAUAAUCAAUGUUCUGACUCAUCAUUUAUACAAUUUGGGCGCAGGUAGUGAUGAGCAUCUUGAAAGAAAGAUUCUAGAUCCUGAACGCUUAAGUAAGGUGGAAUCAAUUUUUGGCAACCUUUCUGAGACCAUUCAAAAAUAUGGUCCUUGGACUUCUGCAUGGGUAGGAGAAGCUGGUGGGGCAUACAACAGCGGUGGCAAUCAUGUUUCUAAUACUUUUCUUAACAGCUUUUGGUACCUAGAUCAACUUGGAAUAGCAUCCAACUACAACACUAAAGUCUAUUGCAGGCAAACUAUAAUUGGAGGGAACUAUGGACUUCUCAAUACUACCACCUUCACUCCCAAUCCUGACUACUACAGUGCACUUCUGUGGCAUCGAUUAAUGGGCAAAAAGGUUCUUGCAGUUUCAAGUGAUGUUUCUCCCUUUUUACGCACUUAUGCCCAUUGUUCAAAAGACAGAGAUGGUGUGACGUUACUUCUAAUCAACUUAAGUAAUGAGACCCGUUUUAUUCUCACUGUUCGAAACCCUGUGAGCGCAAGUAUUGAAAAUGAAGUGGCCACAAACAUCCAAAAGGAAAACACAUUCUUUGAUAAACUGAAGAAGGCAUUUUCUUGGGUAGGAACAAAAGGGUCAGAGGUCACAUUUAGGGAAGAGUACCACUUAACUCCAAAAGAUGAUUACCUCAAAAGCCAAACCAUGGUGCUUAAUGGUAUUCCACUGGAGUUAACAGACCAGGGAGAUCUUCCAAGGUUGGAUCCAGUGAGUAGUAAUGUGCGAUCUCCAAUAUACAUGACUCCUUUGUCCAUUGCAUUUGUUGUAUACCCCAACUUUGAUGCUCCAGCUUGUGCUACUCGGCGAAAAUUUUAG